AUGCCGCUCGCACAGUCCAAGAACACCGUCGGCUUGGGUCGCGCCAUCCUCAACCGCCGCGCCAAGGAGGCCAAGCAGCGCAACCAGACCGAGUUCCACACCACCGACAUCAACAACUACGGCUCCGUCUCCAACCUCCGCUCCGUCACGCACGAGGGCGACCUCGAAGAGUUCCUCAACACCGCCUCCCUCGCAGACGCCGACUUCACCGCAGAACGCAGGAACGGCGGCGUCACCGUCAUCACCGCGCCCAACCGCGAGCGCACCCGACACAACCCCUACCUGCUCACGGGUCAGGAGGAGCAGGAGGUGCUCAAGAAGCACGUGCAGAACAAGGAGCGUCUGCGUGUCCCCAGGCGUCCCGAGUGGACCAGCGCAACCACACGCGCACAGCUCGAGCGCGCAGAGAAGGACGGAUUCCUCGAGUGGCGACGCGGCCUCGCACAGCUCCAGGAAGGCGUCGGCCUCGUCCUCACCCCCUUCGAGCGCAACCUCGAGGUGUGGCGCCAGCUCUGGCGCGUCAUCGAGCGCAGCCACCUCGUCGUCCAGAUCGUAGACGCCCGAAAUCCGCUCCGCUUCCGCUGCGAGGAUCUCGAAAAGUACGUCUCCAGCCUCGGCAUCGGCUCCACCAACGGCAUCGACUACCUCGAAGAGGACUCGCCGCUCAAGGGUCCCAGGAGCAACCUGCUGCUCAUCAACAAGGCCGAUCUGCUCGACGACCAGCAGAGGAAGUACUGGGCCGACUACUUUGACGCACAAGGUAUCCAGUACGCCUUCUUCAGUGCCGCCAAUGCCGCCGCCAUCCAGCAGGCAAGAGCCGAGGAGGAGGAGAGGCUGCGUCUCGAACAGCUCAAGCUCGAACGCGACGAUGACGAGGAAGACGAUGAAGACGAGUCCGAGGGCGAAGAUAACGACGACCAACACCCAGAGGAGGCUGCCAGUCAACCGGCAGCAGCCGACCAAGCCAGCCACGACUCGCAAGCCGACGCACACGACCAAGCCCAAGUCGUCGACGCCGUGACCGCCACCGCUACCACCACACUCUCGCCUGACCGCGAUCCCACACGUGUGCUCAACGUGCUCGAGCUCGAGGAGCUGUUCAUGGCAUGCGCGCCUCCGCUCGACACGUUUGCCAUCGACGAUCAGCCGGCGCCGUCCAAGCUCGUCGUCGGUCUGGUCGGCUACCCGAACGUGGGCAAGUCGUCGACGAUCAACGCGCUGCUGGGCGAGAAGAAGGUGUCGGUCUCGUCGACGCCCGGCAAGACCAAGCACUUCCAGACCAUCCACCUCUCGCCCACCACCGUGCUGUGCGACUGUCCCGGUCUCGUCUUCCCGCAGUUCGCCACCACCUCGGCCGAGCUCGUGUGCGAUGGCGUGCUGCCCAUCGACCAGAUGCGCGAAUACACUGCGCCCGCCGAGCUCGUCGCCAAGCGCAUCCCCAAGGACAUUGUCGAGGCCACCUACGGCAUCCGCAUCGACACGCUCACCGAGGAAGAGGGCGGCAACGGCGUGCCUACAGGUCUCGAGAUGCUCACCGCCUAUGCCGUCGCCAGGGGCUACACCAGGCAGGGACAGGGCAAUCCGGACGAGUCGAGGGCGGUGCGAUACGUGCUCAAGGACUAUGUCAAUGCCAAGCUGCUCUACAGCCACCCGCCGCCGGGCGUCGAUUCGGACGUCUACAAUGCAGCGCAGCGAGAGCGCGCCAGGGCGGCACUCGCAGGGCGCAAGUACGACCCCUCCACGGCGCAUCUGGCCGAACAUGCGGACGAGCUCGAUGCCGACCUGGAUGGCGAGCUGGCUGAGAUGGCCAGGAGCAGAGCGCCCGCAGGACCGCGUCAGUCGGCAAAGUCCAAGGCGCUCGACUCGGCGUUCUUUGACACGAUGGCCUCGGCACGCCCCACCAUCGUCGGCCGCACUGGCUUGCCGACCGCUGCGAUCCAGGGUCGCAUCGCCAACGACGGCUCGGUGAUCAAGCAGGCUCCCGGUGCCAAUGCGCAGGGCCAGGCGAACAGCAAGAAGCACAACAAGGCCAACAAGCGCAAGAAGCAGCGCUCGGGUGCCGGAUUCGACUAG